AUGCCUCAUCUGCCUCCUGCCUUGCUCGCGUGGUACCGCUCGUCGUACCCGACCCUCCAGUUCAACCCAGAGUGGCUCGAGGCUUGCGUCGAGUAUCUCCAGGCCAACGACCCGGCCGCAGCGACUGUCCCAGGCUUGAUCAAGGCCGUCGAAGUCCAGCUUCUCUCGUCCGAUCUCUCGACUUCCGUCCUCCCCUCCCCAUCUCGCCGAGCAGAGUUGAUGACUCUCCACCCUGCCUCUGACCGAACGAUCCUCUUCACCGGCGGAGCGAAAAAGGCGGGCGUGUUGUUCCAGGUACAGCGGGUGGACGAUAUCGCGCAUUCGGCGUCACAGCUGCAGGAAGUUCUGAAGGAGAAGAAAGAAGCGCGGCGGGUCCGCGCGAAGGGCGCAAACGCAGGAGGAGGGCGAAUCAUGGAUCUCGACGAGGAAGAGGAAGACGAAGCGAAGAAGAAGAUCUUGCCGGCGGGCGUUGAGCCGCCUUUCCCGCGUGGGAGCGGCAAGUUUGUGCUGAGUGAUGGAGACACCGAGGUCCAGGCUUUCGAACUGAGACAGGUGUUUGGGCUCGGGUUGGAGGAGAUCAAGCUGGGUACAAAGCUCCUCAUCCACGACGUUCCUUUUGUCAACGGCAUCCUCAUGCUCACGCCCAACAACACGGUCGUCAAGGGCUACCAAGUUGAAGAGAUCGAGGCGGUCAAGGAGUGGAUCGUUGAGAAUAGCUUGCGCGAACGGCUUGGCGAAGACCCCCUCCCUCAUCCCGACGACGCCCCUCCCGCCCACGCCGCUCAACCUCAACCUCCUGCCGCCAACCCUCAACCGCCUCCCGAUCGCAACGCUCACUCACAUGCUCAGAUCCAGCCCAAACCCAAAGCCCCCUCGUCCGACUACGGCGACUUUGAAAUCGACGAAGCGGAUCUCUUCGCUGCUGAGGCUGCAGGAGGAGCGGACGAGGACGAGGAAGAGGCUUUGCGGGCCAUGGAGGAGGAAUCCCGCGCUGCGAAAAAGCCGAAGAAGCAGCAUCAGGAGAAGAGGGAGACGAGAGUCAAGCCUGAACCGGUUAGUUCUGGCUCGACAGGCGGGCGGAAGGGGAUGAGCGAGGGCUUGAGGAAGACGGGCUUGAGCGGAGAGGUGGAAGUGUUGGAGCUCGAUUCGGAUGAGGACGAGAAGGAAGCGGCGGCGAAGGAGGAGCAGAGACAGGUCAAGAGGCGGAAGACGGCGGGAUCUGCGACGAGCAAGACAGGUGUAGGCGGGCCGAAGCUCGGCGUGAUGGAGAUUGACAGCGAUUGA